AUGUCGACGCUCAACCUCACGGGUCACCCUGACCCCAAACUGCGCACUGACCCGCUGCUGCUUCAGGCUCUCGAGUCCUAUCUGGAGCCCAUCAAGAGCGCACUUUCUCAGCAAGGUGUGGAAGCCAGCGUCAUCCCCUCGAAAUCCGGCUCUCUCUCCGCAAUCGACCUCGCAGACCUCGUGUUCCAACUUCAAAAUUUCCAGGAAGAAUCGCUCGGCGCCAAUGCACCUCGCCCGGCCAACCCUACCGCAUCCACUUCACAAGCACGACAUCCCGUUCGCAUUCCUGCAGAACUCUUCCUCCCGACAUCUUCACAGCAGAGCACUUCGGUAGCACCUCCAGAGUCGAGCCACCUGCGCUUGCUCUUGCAAGAGGCUCUCGCGUAUCUCGCAUCCGCUGGCAAACCUACUUGGAACUUUUCCGACCCUGCUCAAAAGGCUGACAAUGUUCAGCUCAUCGCACACCUCCGUCAGCAACUGGCCAAGACCGGUGCAUUGGAACACCCGACCAUUGCCGCUUCACCGUCCAUCACCGAGGCAGAGGCGGCUGCGCUCAAGCAGAUGGCCGAGCAGCUCGAAUGCCAGUGGACCGACGACGUUGCUGCUGCAUCUCACAUCCUCUACCCUUCGGAAGUAACACCUCCAUCAUCGCCCAAGCUCGGCGAACCCUCGUCGUCGGCGUCCGAGGAAUACUUCAGGACCAUUGCUUCGAGAUCAGGACGUGCUCUCAUCCACGUCUGGUACCGACCCGACUCUUACGAUACCUGGCUGCCUGCUGCCGAUUUUGCCGACCCCGACCCGGCGCCCGAGAAGCGCCUUCCAUGGAAGAUCGGCGCAAAGUGGCUCCGAGACAGCGUGCGCUUCAACGAGCUCAUGAACGCAGAAGAUUACGAGCAGGAGGACGCGCUCGAGGCAAGCGCAGCUGCGGCUGAUGCCGAGACCGCCGCUGCCACCACUUCCGACGCCACCAAGAGCAAGAAGCGCGGACUGCCCGAAGAGAUCACCGACGCUUCCUCGGCUGCGGCUGCUGCCGGCGAGCCCAACAGCAAGCGCAUUAAGCUUCUCGUCGCGGCGCGUCCCGUCGGUGCCGUCCCCAUCGACCUCUCUGGCUCCCAGCCCAUCCCAGGCAAGAAGUACGAGAACGAGGCGGUACCCAGCGGUGUCCUCGGCAACCUGCCGUCCGAGUCCGCCGGUCCCACCAAGCUUGAAGGCGAGAGGCCUGCUGUCCGAGCAGCCAACGACGGUGACGCCACCAUGGUCGACGGCACCGCCGACAAGCCUAAGCCCGACGCUGCCGUCGAAGAGCCCACUGAGGCCACUGCAGACGUCAAUGCACCCGUCAUCCAGCCCGAUGCUGCCGCUGUGGAACAGCAGCGCAUCCGCGCAGAAGAGAUCGCCAAAAAGUACCUGGCUUCACAGACACAGGAAGUCAUCAUUCCUUCCUACUCGACCUGGUUCGACAUGUCGACCAUCAACGCCAUCGAGAAGCGAUCCUUGCCCGAGUUCUUCAACCACAAGAACCGCAGCAAGACACCCAGCAUCUACAAGGACUACCGUGACUUCAUGAUCAACACCUACCGUCUCAACCCCAGCGAGUACCUCACUUUCACCGCUUGCCGAAGGAAUUUGGCCGGUGACGUAUGCGCCAUCAUGAGGGUUCAUGCUUUCCUCGAGCAGUGGGGCCUCAUCAACUACCAGAUCGAUCCCGAGACGCGACCUGCCACGUUGGGCCCCCCUUUCACUGGUCACUUCCGUGUGCUCGUCGACACGCCUCGUGGUCUGCAGCCGCUUCACCCUGGUGCCCGUGUCAAUCUGACCACCUCGGCUUCUGCUGAUGGUGGUGCUGCCGCUGCUGCCUCUGCUGCUGCGGGAGGUGAGAAACCGGACAUGAACCUCGAGCUGCGAAAGACCAUCUUCCAGUCCACCAUGAAAGGCUCCAAGCCCAUCGACCUCGUUGAAGCCAACUCGCUCGCUGCGCAGGCCGACGCUGCCGUUGCCGGUGGUGCUGGCGGUGCGCCUCGCUACACAUGCGACACCUGCGGAAGCGACUGCACGCGUGUACGAUACCACAGCAUCAAGGCCAAGAACUACUCGCUCUGCCCGUCCUGCUACCUCGAAGGUCGCUUCCCGAGCUCCAUGUACUCCGGCGACUUUGUCCGCAUGGAAGACUCGGUGCUCAAGCAGACCGGCGGUGUGACCGGCGGUGCGUCCGGUGCGCAGGACGACUGGACCGACGCCGAGACGCUCCGACUGCUCGAAGGUCUCGAGAUGUUUGACGACGACUGGUCGGCCGUCUCGAACCACGUCGGUACGCGCAGCCGCGAACAGUGCAUCACCAAGUUCAUCCAGCUGCCGAUCGAGGAUGGCUUCCUGGACGGUGCUUCGCAGGCGGAUCUCGGACCGCUGCAGUACGCACGUCGCGACCAGGUGGACAAGCUGGGCAAGCCCAUCGUUCCGUUUGCCCAGGCUGACAACCCGGUGAUGAGCGUCGUUGCCUUUCUGGCCAGCGCUGUGAACCCGGCUGUUGCGGCUGCCGCUGCUCAGAGCGCGCUUGGCGAGCUUACCGACAACCUUCGCAAGAGGGCCGGUCAGGAGAAGUCGAGCGACGACGCGGAGAAGAGCAAGGAGAACGGCGAAGCGACGCACGCCGCCAACGGCGACGCUAUGGAUGUCGACGGCGAGCAGGCCAAGUCAGCUGCUGCUGCCGAUGCUACCACCACCGCAGCAACCUCGGACGACACGCUCGCCGUCGAUGCCACCAAAAAAGCCGUGCCGCGCAACGCCGUCGAGCGAGCCGCUGCCAUCGCGCUCGGUGCUGCCGCCGCGAAAGCGCACGUGCUCGCCUCGUUCGAGGAGCGCGAGUGCCAGCGUCUCGUAGGCCAGGUGAUCGAGGCGCAGCUCAAGAAGCUCGAGCUCAAGAUGAGCCAGUUCGAGGAGCUCGAAUCGCUGCUCGAGGCCGAACGCCGUAGCGUGGAGGCGGGACGUCGACAGCUGUACGCCGAUCGACUGGCGGUUCAGAAGCAGCUGGCGCUGGUCAACGAGCUGCUGCAGAAGGCGGCGCAGGCGCCGGAGAAGGUGAGCCAGCAGGAGCUGGUCAAGGCGACGAGCGCGGCGAACGGGUUGCCGCAGCAGGGGCCGGUGGUGAGGGAGGCGAGUGUCGGUGGCGCUGCGCCUGGUGGAGGAAAUGUCGCCAUGAUCGGUUAG